GGUUGAAGUCUAUGAGCGGCUGAAAGAAUGGAAGAACAAUGAGGGUUCGGUAUCAGCGACCAAGAAAACUAAGUUUAAUUACUCUCAGAUAUGGAAACUAUACGAGGCCCCUUCCCGACGGUUAAUAAGUAACAGGAGUUGGUCUUGAGAGGUUGGAAACCACAAAGCAUGGAGUCAUCAGUUGCUCAUCUCCGUGUCCUUUCUUUAUUGGCCAUGGCUGUCUUACUAUUUUCACACCAAGGAGGAGCAGCCAACAGUGAUGCAGAAAUGGAAGUCACAGAAACAAACCAAGUUUUGGGCACUGUAGGCGCCAUCUUGGAUUACAGUUCUCGCAUUGGCAAAGAACAGAAAGUGGCAGUGGAAAUAGCAGUAGAAGAUGUCUUCUUCCACACCAAUCAAAGCUUGAUUCUGCAACUGGAGGACUCCCAUGGCGACCCCAUCCAGGCUGCUCGUGCUGCCACACAACUCAUCAAUGCAAAAGAUGUGGAAGCCAUUUUGGGGCCAAGAACAUGGGAAGAAGCAUCAACAGUUGCAGAGAUUGGUAGCCACUCUCGUACCCCUGUUCUUUCUUUUGCUGAUUUGGCACCAUGGACAACAAUGAAAUGGCCCUUUCUGAUUCAAGCCUCCCCCAGCCAAUAUGCACAAACGAAGGCUGUGGCAUCUAUUGUUCAGUCCUGGGGAUGGCGAAGAGUCGUCGUCAUAUAUGAAGAUAAUGAUUCUUCAGCCAAUGGAGUCAUUCCUCAUCUCCAUCAAUCUUUGCUUGAAGUAGAUGCACAAAUAAGCCAAUUUGUUGCAGUCUCUCCUUUUGCCUCAUCUUCGUUAUAUGAAGAGCUUGGUAAGCUUAAAAGAGGGCAAUGUAGAGUCUUCGUAGUCCACACAUCCUUGCCUUUGGCCAUCCAAUUGUUUGAGAAUGCAAAGAAGAUGGAGAUGAUGGAAAAGGGCUAUGUGUGGAUCACCACAGGUGCCAUAACAAGCCUUGUCCAUGCCAUUAAUUCCACUGUCAUCUCUUCAAUGCGAGGAGUUCUAGGAGUCACAAGCUUUUCCCAGGAAACUGGGGCAAGUUUCCAUGAUUUCUAUGCAAGAUUUGUGAGGAAAUUUCGAUUAGAGAACCCUGAAGAGAACAACUAUGAGCCUGGGAUUUUGGCGCUGCAAGCCUACGAUGCCACCAUGGCAGUGGCCAAGGCCAUGGCAGAAGGCAACAUCGAGGGCCAAGCAUUGCUAGAGAAGAUACUGCUAAGUGAUUUUGAUGGUUUAAGUGGCAGAAUUUUGUUCACUGGGCAUAAACUACCUCCAGCAUCUUCAUUUCAGAUCAUCAACGUGAUUGGAAAGGGCUACCGAGAACAUGGGUUCUGGUCGGAUGGGUUAGGUUUCUCUGAGACCAUUGAUAAAGGGGCAAAGUACAACAAUUCCAUGGAGAAUCUGGGGCACGUGUAUUGGCCUGGUGGCCUUCCUUCUACUCCAAAAGGAUGGACAAGACCAACAAACUCCAAUAAAUUGAGGAUUGCAGUGGGGAAUGGAACCAUGUUCAAUCUCUUUGUCACCAUUACACAUGAUCCGGUCACAGACAACUAUACUUUUAGUGGGUUUUCAGUAGAGGCGUUCAGAGCUACUGUUGAGAAGCUGCCAUAUGAUUUGUCUUACGAACUCAUUCCCUUCAUGGGUACAUUCGAUGAUCUAGUCGAGCAAGUCCACCUAAAGAAGUUUGAUGCAGCUGCUGGAAGUACAGCAAUCACAGCCAAGCGUUACAAAAAAGUGGACUUUUCACUGCCCCAUACAGAUGCUUCAUUGGUGAUGAUAGUCCCGGCUCAAUCUCAUACGAACAAUAAAGCUAUGUUAUUCCUAAAGCCCUUUACAACAUCCAUGUGGGUUCUCACGGUGGUGACAAGCCUCUACAAUGGACUUGUCAUAUGGAUAUUAGAGCGUGAAGGUGACCCUGAACUAAGAGGCUCAGUAAUACGCCAAGUGGGGACUUUAAUUUGGAUGGCUUUCGCCAUGCUCUUCUCCCGAUCCCAACCUGGGGAGAAACUGCGUAGCAAGUUGUCGAAAAUGGCGACAUUGGUGUGGCUAUUCGUCGCGAUGGUGGUGUUGCAGAGUUACACGGCUAAUCUCUCUAGCAUGCUGACCGUAACAAGGAUGGAGCCGACUGUGGCAGAUAUUGAGACAUUGAAGUACAAUGGCGCAAUGAUCGGAUUUGGCAACAAGUCCUUUGCGAAGAGUUAUUUGACAGAGGUUUUGAAGUUCAAUCCAAAUUGCAUGAAGAACUACAGUUCCCCGGAGGGCUUUGCUCUGGCGCUUAGGAGCAAAGAGAUAGCAGCUGCCUUUAUCGAAGCUCCUUGGGCCAAACUGUUCCUUGACAGAUACUGCAACAGCUUCAUUGCCGCUGGCCCAAAAUACAGAGUUGGAGGAUAUGCAUUUGUGUUCCCAAAGGGCUCUCCUAUUCUGUCGGACAUGAACGUGGCGCUGAUGCAAGUCAUUGACAGCGGGAGGCUUCGUGAACUAGAGAAUAAUGCAGCAGAAUCGGAGAGUUGCAUUGAUGUGGACUCCAACGACCAAGACGUCAGUCUCAGCCCCAGUAGCUUUUGGGUUCUUUUCAUGUUGACAGGAGGAACUUCGACAAUUGCUCUUGUGAUGUAUAUAUCUAUGAAUGUUUAGUGUGACAAAAUGUGGGUGGGUGGGUUAGGAAGAAGCAAAUGAUAUAUAUAUAUAUAUAGUUAAUAAUGUAGAAAUUAAAAUUUAGAGGGACUUGAUAAAAUUCAAGUUCACAUCUCAUAUUUAUUAUAAAAGAUGUAUGAUUCCAACUA